AUGGCUGAUAGCGAGGCUGCCCAGAUCGCGCUGGAUGAAGACGAAGGGCUAUCUGAGUUGGACGAUGGCGAAACGACUGCAUCCGUUCGUUCGAGCAUUUUGCAAAACCGAGAACAGCCUGGGAGACGAUAUCAUGCAUACAAGGAUGGAAGAUACCAUCGGCCAAAUGAUGAGGCCGAGCUGGAGCGUCUCAAUAUAGCCCAUGCCCUCUUUACAAUGACCAACGAGAAUAGACUCCAUCUCGCGCCCCUAGAGUCAGACCUUGGCCGUGUCCUAGACAUCGGCACCGGCACCGGGACCUGGGCCAUCGAAUUUGCGGAUGCUUACCCGUCAGCCCUUGUGGUUGGCGUCGAUGAUGGAUCGUUGACGGAAGAGCAUGCUCUAAGACGCUGGCUUGUUCUUUGCAUCCAAGCCGCCGGCAAAAUUGGACGCUUAUUACGUGUGGGCGUGCAGCUCGGGGAGUGGGUUCGAGAUGCCGGCUUCACCAAUGUUCAGGUUUUCAAGGUCCCCGUACCCAUUGGCCCCUGGCCAAGGGACAAGAGACUGAAACGGAUGGGCCUGAUUAAUUGGACUCAGAUCUUUGAGGGCCUACAAGCCGUUAGCCUGAGGUUGUCCUUAAACGUUCUUGAAUGGACCCAGCCUGAGCUGGAGACCCUGCUGAUGGAAGUCCGGAGAGACAUGAAGAACAAGGACAUUCAUGCACUGUACACCGUCAUCGGCCAAAAAACAGAGAGUCAAACGGCACAGCUCACCGACCAGUGA